AACUUCACCGGAUGCUGUUGAACUCCAACGCAGUCUUGCCAUUCCCAUUCCUUACUACCACUACAACAUGACUUUGUUAUACUUUUCACGCAGUCCGCUUUGAUUCCUCGAGGUCGAGUUGUUCUAACCGUGUUCUCAUCUGAGCUUCCCCAAGCUCCCCGUCCAACAAUGGCCGUUAGAGAAGCAUCGCACGCUGGUUCGUGGUACUCGGACAACAGCCGCCAACUUGCAAGCCAGCUGGACCUCUGGCUGUCCAGAGUACCAGAGAAGGACAUACUGCCGGGCAUCGAGAAGCUACCGGUGCCGGGUGCGAGAGCGGUGAUAGCACCUCAUGCCGGAUACGCAUACUCAGGACCUUGUGCUGCAUGGGCCUACAAAUGCCUGGACCUGUCCCAAGCCAAGCGCAUCUUCAUCCUCCACCCCUCCCAUCAUCGGCAUUUACGCACAGCUGCCUUGCCUGUGGUUGAUGCGUAUGAGACACCUCUUUCCGACCAACCUCUACCACUCGACCGGGAAACGAUCCACGAGCUAUCGAGCCUCUCAGCCACCAACGAGAACGGCGAGACCGUCAAAUUCACCACCAUGUCCAAAUCCGUGGACGAGGCUGAACAUAGUGCAGAGAUGCAACUGCCCUACAUCCACCGACUGCUGCAGAAACUAUACCCGGGUCAACCCGAAUCUUCAUAUCCACCACUGGUUCCAAUCAUGGUUGGCGGGACGAGUGUGACCACCGAACAGACCUUGGGGAAGAUGCUUGCGCCGUACAUUGCGGACGAGCAGAACGCCUUUGUCAUCUCGUCUGACUUUUGUCACUGGGGGAGCAGAUUCGGAUACACCUAUUACGUGCCGGACGCUCCAAGUCCGGCGCUGUCGCCGCUGAUGCUUCCCAACGGCGUUCGAGGCGAGUUCACGACGGCCAAGGAGUCGACGAACGAAGAUGUGCACAAAGUACCUACACUCGGUCAAGGAGAGGAACUUAGAUCAAACACCAGAAUCCCAAAAGGCGGGCCCCAGAUAUAUGAGAGUAUAGCACAUGUGGACAGAGCGUGCAUGUGCGCCAUUGCCACGGGCAGCCAUUCGGAGUUUUGUCGUGUGCUCCGCAUCACUGGCAACACCGUCUGUGGCAGGCAUCCCAUUGGCGUUUUCAUGGCGGGCGUUGAAGAAGUUGAGCGAAACAAAAGGGACAAGGGCGAGCAUGCUAAAGCUGACACUGACCCUGACACCACGGAUCCAACCCGAGGGAAAUUCAGAUUUAUGCGGUAUGAGAGGAGCAGCGAUGUCAUCAGUCCCAAGGACAGCAGUGUCAGUUAUGUGAGUGCCUUUGCGGUACUCUAACGAAGGAACGAGAAUAUGACAAGAAGACGUCUCGAAUGGGAUGGCUGCAGUCAUACAGAUAUCAUAUCUUCACGGCGGAAAGGUUCCGGUUGUCGAGGUGCGGCUUCAAGCAGUGGCCCGGCCUAUCAUUAUUCCAGAAGACUUAUUAGAGGAUGAGCUGUCGGUGUCGAGUGUUCAAGUUGUCGAUAGAGCAACCAUGGCGGGCAUGGAAUCAAUAUAUGGAGCUAAACGACAGAACCUCGGUGUUCCUGUUCGCUCAUCCAAGCGCCAUUCAUAUCGCUGAGGGGAUACGGCUCAACCACGGCUUCCGUUUUGAAUUCUGGCACUUUCUCUGUUCCUUCCCUGUAUACAGAAAUGUUUGUUUGAUGUGAUCGGCCAAUCCCUGAGCAAGGAAGGGACGUUGUUUGGAAAGAGCGGCUUGGUUUUGUCCGACUCAGUCAACUCUGCAGCUUUCACUUCUCCCAAUCUUUCACUUCUCCCAAUCUUUCAC